ACUUGAAUGUUUUUCACAUGCAAACUAAUAAGAAGGAUCUUGUGAAAGAACCUUAAUUUGUAUGGUUCCCAUGCAAAAUAAUAAUAAAGCCGCCCCCACUUGCGAUUUUAAACAACAACACCCGUCAGUCAUCUUAGCGUCCGCCAAUCGCGUAACAGAAAACCCUCCGGUUGCACGAAAAAGAGAUAUUGAUUUUCACACAUGACGGACCUCGCGGGAGAAGCCCAAUGAUUCUCACCUGUUUAUACCUUGGCUUUGAUUUGUUUUGUUUAUGAUUUAUACAUGUACCUACGUCACAAUUUUAGAGCAAUAUUCUCAUUGUGCGUUUCAUAUCAAUCUUUUUUUCAAAUUAAUUUCAGACCUAAAUUCAUAUUAGGUAGCCUAUGUUGCAUUUUGUAGCAUACACUGUCAAAAUGCUUUAAGAUGUAUGUGGUACAAGAUGCCUUUGCAUCAUUAUCUUUUACUGAUAUUUGCAAUGGGAUGUGGCAUUGUCUGGGCGCGACUACCGUGUAGCCUUAAGGUUGAGAGCAGUUAGCUGUAUCAUUAAAAACGGCAGGUUAGGGGAGGCUGAAAUUGGGGGUAUCUGGAAAUAGAUCUUAGAAGACGCAUCUUUUCACUGGGCUUUGUAUUCAUAUUGGCAGAAUGUGAAUUUGUGCCGCAAAGAUAAUACGGCUUUCUGUGAGAGCGGGGAUUUUUGAAGCGUUUAUACCGGCUGUUUUAGAGAUCCGAGAAGCCACGCAUCCCCAUCUCUCCCCUUCACCACUGAAGGACGCAGCGGCGGCUCAGCCUCAUCGCUCCACUCUUUCACUACCUUUGUGUUCUCAUCUCUUCUCACUCUUGUUUCUCACCCACCCCAAUCCCCCUCUACCCCCCUUUCCCUUAGCAUCUGAAAAGACUGCUGAGUGAGAAUCGAUGGCGCAGAGGCCCGCCUGACAGGACAAUAACCCACAAAGACGCGGCCUCGGAGCGGUUUUUUUGGGGAACGUGGACCGCCACAGCGAUGCCCCUGCUGGGAAGGAACCAGCCCCAGAAUUUUGCCGAGCGGGCCUGAGGUGCGGCCUGCCCUCCCAUGAGGCCCUCACGAGAGUCCCGCCAGUCUGCUCUGAAUGGGGCCUCGGAUAUAUGAAUUGACAUGGAGGAUGAAGAUGGCACUUGUUUACUCGAUGUGUUGUGUGACCCCCAAGCCCUGAACGACUUCCUUCAUGGAACCAAUGAGCUGGAGAAUGAAGAUCUGCUCAUCUCCUCCUCCUCCGGGGAGCCGUCCCUCUUCGCCGACGCCCCGAGCCCCGCCUCCCUCCUGGCGGACAACACCCCCUCGCAGGACACCCCGCCUCCGGGCUGCGUGGACCUGUCCUUCCUGGAGGAGGCGCUGCUGGGCUCCCCCGAGGGCGGAGGAGGGGCCCCGGAGGUGGGGCAGGGCGGGUCGGUGGGGGCGGGGGGGGAGGGGGAGGUGGAGGAGGAGGAGGCCUGCGACAUCCUGCAGCAGAGCCUGCAGGAGGCCGACAUCACCGAGCAGACGCUGGUCCUGGAGGCGGGGCUGGCUCCGCCCAGCGAGGCCCUGUCGCUCUACCCGCCCGGCGCCGUGCUCGCCCCGGCCGCCUCCCACUUCCUGUCCAAGCCGCUGAGCAUCCCCCCCUUGCCGGCCAUGCCCCGGGACACCCAGGCGGCGGUGGAGCCCCCGCAGCCCUCCCUGCUGGCCGUGGGGCCGGGCUGCCCCUCCCUGAAACCGGCCGCCCCGCAGAUGAUGGGCCUCCUCCCCGGGACCGUGUUCCCCGCGCCGCCGCCGGACGCCUCCUUCUCCCUCAGCCCCGCCCAGGGUUCCGGAAUGCUCAUUCAGAAGGCCCUGCCCAGCCUGACGGGGCGCCCCCUGCUGGCGCCCACGCUGAGGGCCACGGCCGCCCACGGCAUCCUGCUGCCCCGGGGGCCCCUGCCCAUCCAGCCCAAGCUGCCGAUCAGCAUCCAGCCCCGCCUGGUGCAGAUCAGCCCCAAGCCCCCCGGCCAGAAGACGUCGCCGGGCCUCGCAUUCGUGCCUGGGGCGGCGGCGGCACCCAACAUCCUGCUGUCCCCGAGCCUGGGCCCCAAGCAGCAGCCUCCGGCCCCCGGCCUGGGCAAGCAGGUCAGCCUGCAGCUGGUCAACCAGGGCGGCUCCAUCGUCAUCCAGCCCCCAGGGCUCCUGCAGGGGCCCAACCAGUUCCUGCUGCCCGGCCAGACCCCCGUGAGCGUGUCCCAGCCGGGGGGCGCCGCCCGGCCCCUGCUGACCGCCACCAGCCCCCAGGGCCCCUCGCUGCGGGGCGGGGCUCCGUCCUCGGGCCAGCUGGUGGACGGGGCGCAGAUCCUGACCGCCUCGUCCCGGCAGCUCAACUUCAGCCCCGUGUUCACCACCCCGGCGGGGCAGCUGGCCGUGCGGCAGGGCGCCCUGCUUUCGGGGCCCCUGCAGCUGCAGUCCGCGCCCCCGACCGUCUUCCAGAUGCCGGCGCAGCUGGCGGGGGCCUACCCGCCCCAGGGGCAGGGGCAGGGGCAGCGGGGCACCCUGCUCCACGGCACCGCCCUGGGGAACCAGAUCACCCUGAUCAACAGCCCCGCCAUGCUGGCGCCGGACAUGGCCUCCAUCUCCAUCGUCAACGGGCCGUCGGUGGUCCAGGGGCUGCCCUUCGCCCCCCAGGCCCAGCAGGACAAGCAGCUGAACCUGCCCCAAACGUCAGUGCUGCUGCUGCCCGAUAGGUCGGGCCCAGAGGACAGGGGGCCCGGAGAGGAGCCCUUCCUCCACCUUCCACAGCCAAACCAGCAGCACCUCCUCCAGCACAACCCCCAGCCGGCCCCCACCGAGCUCCAGAUGCCCCCUCCGGUGGUGACCCUGCUGCAGCCGCUCCCCGAGCCGCCUCUGCAGCACGACCCCGCCGCCGCCGCCGCCGCCGCCCUAGCCAAACAUCUGAUACCCCCGACGGAGGAGCAGCAGGUGCAGAAGGAGGUCCCCAAUCUGCUCCCGCAGAAACAGAGCCUCCUGCAUCAAAUGCACCAGCAGGCCCUUGAGCUUCCCUCUCCCCCAACCGAAAGCUUGCCAGGGACACUGCCGGCGCAAAUGUCCCCGCCGUCCUCCCCUCCAGCUCCAGCUCUAGCUCUAGCCAAUCAGAGGGAAGACGCCGCCCCUUUGCUCCCUGCGAUUGGCCAGACGGUCGCCUUGGCCGUGACACCGAGCCCCGCCGUGGUGACCACUCCCACCCACCCUGGGGCAGAGCAGGCCGGGACUCUGAUUGGGCAGAACACGCUGGGCCCACAGCUUCCCCCCGUCAGCUUCCCCUCCCCUCCCAGCGGGCAGACGGGGACCCUGCAGAGGGCCGGACACGCCAAGGUGGGGGCCCAGGUGCGAGCCGGGGGCCCGGGAGGGUUGGCCGCCUCCCCUCUGCCCGCGGGACACUCUGCACUCCAGCUGCAGCCUGUUCCUCUGCCCGUGCCCAUGCCCGUGCCGGUGGGCCCCCGGGUGCAGCCCGAAAUGCCCGUCCAGGCCCCCGUCCUGCAGCACACUCAAGAGCUGGCAGCAGGUUUGGCUGUGGACGGUAGCCUGUUCGCUCCAGCGCCGCACGUUCUCAGGCAGCCAGCGGUCCAGGCGGCGGCUCAGCGCGACGCAGUGAAGCUAUUACAGCAUUCAUUCAUGGUGGCUUAUUUGUGGAGUGUUAUACUUAUACAGCUUAGUGUUUUCAGUCUCAGAGUGUGUGCUCUGUGUGGUGACACCCUCUUAUCUCUUAACAUCCAGGUAACAGCUUGUGUGGAAACAGAGAGGGAGGAGAGACUCACGCUGGCAAUGCGCAGACACAGGGUCCAGCAGCAGCUGUGCCAGGACCACGGUGUGGUUCUGAACCCCGACACCCUCUCCCCGUUCCUGUCCCUGGAGGACGCUGUGAGCCGCCUGCUCCCGUACCACACCUGUGCUGGACACCUGCCCGGCCAGGCCGGCUUCCUCACAGUGGACCAGCAGUUCGAUGCAGUGUCUGGGAUUCUGCUGAAGCGCACCAAGGACAUGCUCAACAAGUACCGGCAGCUACUGCUGGGAGAGGCACAGCAGGUGAGCCCGUCGGCAGAGAUGGUGAUGCUGGAGCGGCUGUUCCUGCAGGCGGAGAGGGGGGUUCUGGGGGAGGAGAGGCGCAAGGCCCGGCUGGACCCAGACUCCUUCCUGUUAUCUCUGCGCAAGCCGGCAUCCGGCCCGAACAACGCGGCCCCCUCCGCCCCGCCCUCUUUCCUGCAGGCUGGCAGCCCCCCCUCCUCCCCGUCCUGGGCUCUGCUCUCCAACCGCCCCCCGGGGCUGAAGACGUACCGCUCCAGCAGCCGGGGGGCGCUCAAACUCACCAUAAAGCACGAGUCCGGGUCGCGGAAGGUGGUGCACAACUCGGCCUGCGACUCCGCCCCCUCCGCUCCCUCCGUCCACGGGCAGGACUGCGCAGGGCAGCUGACGAACGGGGGCGGGGCGCUGAGCGGGCGGGGCUCGGAGUUAUGGGACGCGCCCCGACCCCCCCAAACCGGACACCCGCAGCCUCCCGCGUGCCCGCCGCCCCCGACGACGGUCGAGGAGGCCCAGCACCCCAAGAACAGCACAGGGGUCGCGGAGGCGCCGACAGCAGCUAAUUCACGGACCCCCCCAGACUCGCUGAUCGCGGCCGAGCCGCAGACUGCCGUGGCUCCUGAGCCGCCCCCCGCCCCGGACCCUGUCCUGUGCCCCCCCGAGCCCAAACGAGCGCGGCCGGACCCCUGCCCGGGACCCCCGAGCCCGCUGCCCCUCCCAGAGGACAGCACCCUCAGCGAGCACCUGCAGAGCGCCAUCGACAGCAUCCUGGAGCUGCAGCGCCUGCAGGGGCCUCCAGCCCUGCAAGCACGCCCCCCUCAGGACAGGAGGGGAACUUCUGUGCUGGAGCAAGCCGUCAGCAGCAUCCUGGAGGGGCACCUGUAGGAAGAAUGUAGGGGAGGGGGAGGGUUGUGUGGUUGGUAGACUAACAGGAAGUGAGGAACAGGAAACAGGAAGUGGCAUCAGGGGAAAAAGGGGAAAAAAUUACAAUUAUCAAUUUUUCAAAAGAUCCACACUGAAACGUAAAUACAACAUUGCAACUGUAAAAUGUCAGGUGUAUGAGGUAAACCAUGGUGUACCUGUGAAACAUUCAUAUCACACACAUUGACAUAAAAACACCAAAAUCACAUUUACUGUAGAAAAAAAAUUGGAACGGAAUUGACCGAUUCUUAACAAUCACCUUUUGUUUUAAAUUUAGUCCCUAUGUAAAUUGUGUACAUUUUCAUUUGCUUAGUAUUAAGUGGGAGGAGCCAGUAGUGUGUUUUAAUAAUUUGUGCCAGCGGAGGACGGGAGGGGGCUAUAGUCCAGCUGAUGUACAGAGGCGUGUGUGGUGGUUCUGGAACAUCGUUCCCUCGGCCCAGUGGAAUGGUUCUGGAACUUCGUUCUCACAGUCCAAUGGAAGGAACGGUUCUGGAACUUCGUUCUCUCAGCCCAAUGGAAUGGAGCUACGUCUUCUGAGGUAGAACACUCAGAACACUGCCGCGGGCCACUAGGGAUGGGUCCUGUUCCAUUAGCCUUUACUGUGUGUGUGCAGGGAGUGUGUGUUGUGUGUGAAAAAGGGGUUAUCAGUAGUGUUGGCGUGUAAUGAGAAAAUGCAAGAUUAUUAACCAUGUAGCAAACAGAACACAGCUAAGGGGGGGGGGGGGUCAUUACCCCUAAAAGUUUCCUGUUUCCAGCUUUCAGCUUUUGAAGUCAUGUGGCUAUAGUUGCGCAACCUUGUUUCGUCCUGAUUACACCAGCAAACAUCAGCGUAGAGUCUGCUGAACUUUAAACGUUUUUUUUUUUUUGUUGUUUUCAUUAAUGGCAACAAAAAAAGAGAGCUGAAAAUGUGCAGUUUCCAAAAAAAAAAACAAAAAAAAAAAAGAAAACAUUUAUAAAGAAACCGAAGGUACGGGGGCGUGGCACAGCCGCCCUACACGCUGUAGAAACGAGAGAACUCCUUCGUGGCGACACGUUUUUUGACUAUUACUUUGUGAAGCUUUCUUUUCCUUUUGGUCAAGGAGACGACAGACAGCUCCGAUACUUUGAACUAAUGAGCAAUAAUGAAGAGGGGGAAGGUUGUAACGGGCCUUGGGUUUCCGGAGCGGUGGUUUAGUCGAGUGUCGUCUUGAGUGGCCGAGCCUGGCCCAGUCCCCUCACAGUGCCGACUGCCUGUGAAGAGACUAGGGCCCGAAGUCUAGCGAGCGUCCAUCUCAUGCAAAAGCUGCCUUUUACACCAGCCCUCCAAAAUGCAAUACAGAAAAUAUCGUCACGCUCAGAAGGCAAAGGGGGGGGGGCGGAGUGUGUUGUUUCCAGACGUGAGUCGGUUCUGUGAGAUGGCGUCUGCUGUCGCGCGCGGGUCCGAACGGAACGUUGAGUGCGACUGGGCGUGUGCGUUGGCAGUGGUUUGGUGACACUGGUUGCCACGGUUACAGGGGUUCUCGUUUCUCUGGGGGGGUUUUUUUUUUUUGUUGGUUUUUUUUAACCAGAGAAGCCCGUCUAUGGCUUAUUGCAUCCUUUUUAUCUUCAAAAUAGCCUUUGACCAAAAACUGAGUUUGUGGUUGUCAAAUAUUUAUUUUGUAAUAGAAUUUGUUAAUAGCUGUUUUUGUUUUUUUUUUGUUCAAUAAUGGUACCAGGCAGGGGUGGGGCCUGGGGUAGGUGGAGACCUAUGGGUGGAGAAACUUGGCAUUGGAUCACACUGGUGAAGCCUGAGGUGAAGCAGUUUGCUUUAAAAAGCAAAAAAAAAAAGAAAAAAAAGAAAGAAAAAACACCUGUGAUCUUCAGCGAAUUCCCACACCUCCAGAUUCGGGUUAGUAACACACGAGACGUCCACAAUGCUAAGACAGCUGAGAAAUUCAGUGUUUUGGCUCGGAACAAAACCAGCCAAUUUCUCUAUUGCCUUGACAACAAACGCUUGGAUUUUUUAGUGCGCGUUAUAAUUGCCCACUUACAGGCGUUUAUCACCACAAUCUGUUAUGCACGUCAAGGCACAAAACACUGAGGUGGAAGGAGAGGACCUCGGAAUAUCAACUAAGGACCCGAGAUAAAACACAAGACAGAUUUUUUUAAAUCACCAAAACCAAACCAGCAGCAGUGUUUCGCCCACAGACGCUAAUUAUUCCAUACAAAGCAACAAAACCCGAGGGCACACAAAAGGUCACGUGACACAGCCGUCUGACCAAUCAGGGUUCCUGAUAUUGACUGGGUUCCAUCCUCUAGUAUUAGUAUACACUCUGCGGAGGACAAACUGCUGCAGUGUUAGCAUUCUGAGGACACAGGUGGGCCAGGUGGGGUGUUACUCCUGUACGUUGAGCCAUUUGUAUUUUUUUGUUUUUACUUUUAUUUAUUCAGUUGUAAUGUAUUUAUUUUUUUAAUUGUAAAGAAUCAUGUGACCUUGGAGCACAGGUUGGACACUGUUCUCAUCUUUAAAGGAAAAAAAAAAAAGUCAAGACAGACCGAUUGUUCUGUUGCCAAAAUCAAGGGGCCUUAAUUCACCAGAACCAGAUUGUAAGUGUCAUUCUAACAAAAGCCCAACUAAAGACUCCUUUGACUCUAGUCAUGGAAGUGGUUCAUUUAGGACAUGUAAAGAGAAAAGCUUUUUUAACUUUUUUUACAGACUAUUUAUUAAAAUUGUGAUUUUGUACAAAAAAAAAAAAAAUGGUGAAUGGAAGUUUGGAGUGUUAUUCUCUUAUUGUGGCAAAGGGAGUUUAAUUAAAAUGAAUUUUAUUCUC